CCUACCGCCUUUCCCUGUGGCCCUUUAAAUCGGUUAUUACACGUUAUUACAUAGAGAUUCGUUUGCAGUGGGGCCAGAGGGAAGGAGAAGCAGGGGAGAGAAGAGGGCGGGGAGGAGGGAGGGAGGAGGAUGAGAGAGAGAGAGCGAGAGAGCGAGAAAGCCUCCUCCGCUCUCGCUGGAGAAAGGGAGUGACUGGAGAAGCUUGGAGGGAAGGGACAGGAUGGCUUAGAGCCUCUGCCCUCAGGACCCCAGGCAGGGGGCGGCGCCAGGCGGAGUCUGAGGCUGCGGUCAUGGCUGGGGCUGGAGAGUCCCCUCAAGGACCCUGAACGCCCCCUGCACCGCCUCUAAGGGACGCCUCAGAAGUUAGCAUCAGUGGGACCUGGAAGCUCCGAUCUCAACAACUAUGGCUGGCGAUUCUAGGAAUGCUAUGAACCAGGAUAUGGAGAUUGGAGUCACUCCCAGGGACCCGAAGAAGAUUCCCAAACAGGCCCGCGAUUACAUCCCCAUUGCCACAGACCGCACUCGCCUGCUGGCAGAAGGCAAGAAGCCCCGCCAGCGCUACAUGGAGAAGAGUGGCAAGUGCAAUGUCCACCAUGGCAACGUCCAAGAGACCUAUCGGUACCUGAGUGACCUCUUCACCACCCUGGUGGACCUCAAGUGGCGCUUCAACCUGCUUGUCUUCACUAUGGUCUACACCAUCACUUGGCUGUUCUUUGGUUUCAUUUGGUGGCUCAUUGCUUAUAUCCGGGGCGAUCUGGACCAUGUUGGUGAUCAGGAGUGGAUUCCUUGUGUUGAAAACCUUAGUGGCUUUGUGUCUGCCUUCCUGUUCUCCAUUGAGACUGAAACUACCAUCGGGUAUGGCUUUCGAGUGAUCACAGAGAAGUGUCCCGAGGGCAUCAUACUCCUCUUGGUCCAGGCCAUCCUCGGCUCCAUUGUCAAUGCCUUCAUGGUGGGGUGCAUGUUUGUCAAGAUCAGUCAGCCAAAGAAGAGAGCGGAGACCCUCAUGUUUUCCAACAACGCGGUCAUCUCCAUGCGGGAUGAGAAGCUCUGCCUCAUGUUCCGGGUGGGUGACCUUCGCAAUUCCCACAUUGUGGAGGCCUCUAUCCGUGCCAAGCUCAUCAAGUCCCGGCAGACCAAAGAAGGGGAGUUCAUCCCCCUGAACCAGACUGACAUUAAUGUGGGUUUCGACACUGGAGAUGAUCGUCUCUUCCUGGUAUCGCCACUCAUCAUCUCCCACGAGAUCAACGAGAAGAGCCCCUUCUGGGAGAUGUCUCGGGCCCAGUUGGACCAGGAGGAGUUUGAAGUCGUGGUCAUUCUAGAAGGGAUGGUGGAGGCAACAGGCAUGACUUGCCAAGCACGGAGCUCCUACAUGGACACAGAGGUGCUCUGGGGCCACCGGUUCACGCCCGUCCUCACCUUGGAAAAGGGCUUCUAUGAGGUGGACUACAACACCUUUCAUGACACCUACGAGACCUACACGCCCAGCUGCUGUGCCAAGGAGCUGGCAGAAAUGAAGCGGGAAGGCCGGCUCCUCCAGUACCUCCCCAGCUCCCCACUGCCAGGGGGCUGUGCUAAAGCAGAGCUGGCUGCAGAGGCUGAGCAGGAUGGAGAAGAUGAGUCAGAGGGGCUGAGUGGGUCCCGGGAGAUCAGGGGCUCCAUGUGAGGCUGCACUCUCCCCACAGCCUCCCCUCAUUGUCUUCUACACGUAUGGAUGCUGUCAAGCUGGGGGUGGAGGGGAGAAUUAGCUGAGGGGCUGUUGGGGGACCCAGGAGCUGUCAAGGCUCUGUGGGGAAGGACUACAUCCAGUCCUGGAGCCUCCCAGCUCAGGGCCUCCGGAGCAAGCAGCCUCUUGCCUGGGCCCAUGGUGAUGCUGCCUCUUCCCUCCCAGCCCCUGCCAGCACCGGCCCAGGGCCAGGCCAGAAGGGGUUGCCCCAUGGUGAGAGUUACAGGGGGGCCUCUGUUUGCACACACUCCUCUCUCUGCCAACUGGCCCGGGAUCACUUCCCUCCUUGGAUCUCACAGACCAACUGGUAGCCCCAUCCAGGGGCUGACACUGAGGGAGGGCUGUUGCCCCCUUCCCUUCAUUCCUGCCACCCUGAGGCUUGUUGUGAACUCAAGGAGGAGGGAUUCUGCCUUUCUGGAAGCUCAAGAACCCAGUCCUAGGGUGAGCUCACAGACCUCAUGACUUAAGGUUGAUUCGAGUCAUGUAGGCAAUUCUUUCAAAUCUGAGACCAGUGCCCACUCCUUGAGAGCUGCAGAGGACAGGCCCUCAACCAUCUCGAUCAUUCUCUGUGAAGAGUGUGUGUUUUCCCUUUGCUGUGUUCCUCAAAUCAAAUGUGACCUGCUGGCUAAUUGA